AUGCAGGAUUGGCUUCUCCAUUUCCGGUGGAAGAAUCAUUACUUGUUGGCAUCUUAUUCUUUUUUCCCGCGUGAGCUCCACACAACGGCUAAACGAGAACCCAUCCCUUCCAUCACCCUCGAGCUCCUCCUUCCUCUCUCCGUCAUCUAUCUCACUCCCUCACCUCCGUCCAUCUCCCGCCGCCGUCGCCGAAACGAGCUUCGAAGCCACCGUCGGUAUCGUGCAGCUCUGUUCCAUCAUCGUGCAGCUACUGUUUCAGCUUUGAAAGCACCGUCGCGCAGCUCGGUUCCAUCGUCGCCGGGCUCGCCACCUUUUUCUGUCGAGCAGCUCUGUUCCAUCGUCGCCGGCGCUAUAUCUGUUCCACCUGUCAUCCCUUCUGUCGUGCCCUUAUUUUUCAACUUGAGUUCUGAGGCCACACUUGAUGAUGUAGUUGAAAAAGGCAGGACUUUUUGCGGGAAGAAAUGGGAUGUUGCAAAGAAAAGUGUUGCCCCUCAACCCUUUAUCGAGCAAUACUGCUUUAGAGCGCCAUACAUUGCAUCACUGCUGAGAGAAGGUUUGCGCAUUACUGAUGACCAAAUACCUAUUGGCUCUGGAAGUAUCACUUGGACUCUUGGUGUUGCCUUGUUGGAAGCAGGGAAAGCAUAUUCCACCGGAUUCGGGUUUCGUGGUUUGGAAUUGCUUCCAAUGAAGAUAAAUCCCCUUAUUCUUUUUCUCAUUUUGUUGCUUUCCUUGAUUAUCCUACUCUGUGCUUUAUCAUGUGUUGGCAAUUCGAUACCAAGGUUCUUCCGGAGGAAAUAUCUUCCCAUUUUCAGACAUAGCAAUGUCUUCAGUGCUUCUGUUUUGAAUAUCCCAUCUCCUUUUCAGUUCCAGCGAUGGAGUCCAAUCAACUCUAGGGAUGGAAGAAUAAAGAUGCCACUCAGCCCAACUGUCGCAUGCUCACAAGGUAGCCCUUUUGGCGUUGGUCAUGGUCUUGGUGAUGAAGGUGGUGGCAUCCAGCUUAUGGAAUCUUCCUUGUACCCCUCAGCCAGUAGCUUUUCACAUAGUUUUUCAUCGACAAGUUUAGGGCAGAUGCAGUUUGACAGCAAUACUAUGGGCGCAUUCUGGUCUCCCCAUAGAACUCAGAUGCGGCUGCAGAGUAGGAAGUCACAAUCUCGCGAAGACCUGGAUUCCUCGGUGGCUGAAGCACAUCUCGUGAAGGUUUAGGGAAUCAUUUUCUGUAGACAUUAACAUUGAUUGAAAAGUGGAGCUAAAGAUGCAGCAGCAGCCAGAAGAACUGAUUCCAAAUGAAAAAUUGAGUUGAUCAUGCCAAGUAAGCAAUUGCGGAAAUUUACACUACAUGGUCAAUUCGGAUUUUCCAGAUUAUAAAGGAUCCAUUUCCAUUAAGCACUCGAACCGGGAACGAUUUAUAGCUGUUUGAUAUCUCCAUUUCUGCCUCAGCAUUGUAGCUUUUGUGGUGCUACUCAAGCAUCAAUGGCUAACAUAGUUUACUAGAUCCAUAUUAAUUCAUGGCUGUUUUCUGUAGUUAAUACCAUUCUUUAGACUAAUUAGGUGCCAUUACUAUAGAGAUUAGAGAAUCUCCCCUUGUUUCAUAGAUGAGUAUUGACUUAGAAAGAUGAACCACAGAGAGGAGUUAUAAGUACACAAACAUGUUAUACAUCAAACAAGCCAUUGGAUAUGAUUUCUAUUACACCAUACAACAUUAGUGCUGUGUAUAAGUACAGUGUUUUUGGUCUAAAUGGAGCCAAUUAUUGGUGAAUGAACAUGGCGUGGAAGAGUGGAUUUGCUUCUGGUUUUGGCAAUUAUAGAUCAAGACAACAAAAUAAUAAAACGUAAAGACAACAAAACGGGUCAUUAUUGAACGAUAA